AUUACAAAGCAGCUAAUGCAGGGAGACGAAAGGGGUACCAGAUUUGGUUGGAAAGAAGAUUAGAAAUCAUGUCUACUCAAAGAUCAAAGAAAAAAAGACUUGGUUCACAUCGCAGGGUAGCAAAUCAAAAUGAAACACCCAAGGUUGAUGAGCUCCAUGUCAUGGACAGCAUUUCUGUAGCACAACGCCAAAUACCUGAAGAAAAUGAGUCAUUAAGCGUAUUGCCUAAUACUGACAGUUUACAACGUGAAACCCAACUUCCACCUUCACCAGACCUUACAUUAAACAGAAGAAAACUGGGGUCUAGACGAAAAAAUAAAGGACAGCAUGUAAAGGAUUCAGCAACUGAAUUAUACCACGAACCGGGAGAGGAAGUUGAGGAAAACACCAAGGGUACUGAAGCCCAGUCUGAGAGGCAGGAAGAAUUAGGUAAUGUGCGUGUGCAGGAUAUGUCUGCAACACAUGACAGCUCUUUGUAUUCUGCCAUUAUGCCUGGCGAUUCUUGUGAGGUGCAGAACCCUGCCGCAACAAACUGCUCAGACGAUGUCCUGGAAAUCUUAAUUUCCCAAAGUAGAAAUCAAAAAGCAGACCAAGAUGAAGAUGAGACUGACUGUGAAGUGAAGUCUUAUUCUUGUAAACUAGUGGAAACCAUACUGGAAGUGACUGACAAAUCAGGUACGCCUCAGAGUAAGGAAGUUACAGAAAAUGUUGUUGGCGGCUCUGACUCAACUAGUUUAAGUGUACUUUCAUGUCCCACUGUAAAUCAGCAGUUAAUUGCCGAAUCAGAUUCCAGGGAAAUGCCAGAAGAACAUCUCAGUGUGUACUGUGCAAAAGAAAAAGAAAACAGAGUAAGAGACGAAGAUACAAACCUGUCAAGACAGGAUGGAAAUUUACAGGGCAACUAUUUAAUGAGUGAGUCACAUGUAGAAUCAGUAGUUCCAGGGUUUUCUACCACAGCAGAGAUAACCAUUGAUAAAAAUAGCCCAGGACAAGAUACUGAACUUGAAUGCGGUGUUGAGCAAGCAACAUUUUCAUUACCAACAGAGGAGUUGCCUGCAGAUGAGAACCAAAAUGAGCAGUUCUCCCUUCCUUUAAACUCCCAAGCUCGGGACACUUCUGUCUGGAUAGAAGAGCAAACCGACACCAAUUUCAACCCAACUUUAAACAGAAGAAAACUGGGGUCGAGUCGGAGAAAUAAAGGGCGACAGCAUGUAAAGAAUUCUAUUGGUGAAUCAUAUUAUGAAACUAAAGAGGAUAUUGUAAUGAGUAAUGAGGCCUUUGAAACAACAGAAAUGUCAUCACUAAUAGACACAGCAGUGCAUGCAACAUCACUGGAAACCAUGCUGGAAGGAAUGGACAAGUCUGACACUAGUGGUCAAAGUUCAACUUUACAUCCAUCUCCUUCAGAUGAUCAAUGGCUGAUUGACCAAUCAAAUGACAGGGAGAUGCCACGUGAGGAAUUUCACAGUGUGGAUUCUGUAACGGAUACAGAAAGAACAGAAAGAGAGGAGGACACAGACUUGUUAAGGCAGUGGGGAAUUUUACAGUCACAUGUGAUAUCAGACCAUGUCAAUGUGAAUCAGCCAACAGAAAUACAAAAAAAUCAUCUUAUUGAUUAUUCGUCAGGCAGUGUGAUAAAUGAUGCCACAGAAAAUUCUGAAAUCCAUUUUGCAAACCUGACAGACCAAGCUGGAGUCAGAGACACAUACCAGUCUGUUGCAGAAUCAUACCAAAAACCUCAAGAGGAAGAUGUAGAAGAUGUAGAAGAUAUUACAGGCAACAAAGCCCUCCAAAUAAAAACAUCAGUAGCAUUCCACACAACAAGUCAGGAAGACAGAGAGCAUGAUAUUAUCAUGUCUGUUACACAUGAUGAUUCUUUGAAUACAGAGUCUACAUCUGACUAUUCUUCUGAGGUUCAGAACCCAGCUACAACAACCUAUCCAGAGGCUGACCUGGAAAGUUUAAUGACUAAAAAUGAAAAUCUUCAAGAAAUCCAUGACGAAAGAGAGACCGGCUUUAAAGUGGAGUUGUCUGAUAAAUCAUUGGAAGCCACACUGGAAGGACUGAACAGAGCUGACACUCUUCAGAGUGAAGAAACCAAUGACACUCAUUCAGAAGAUACUGUAACUGAAGUGCAUGAAGAGGACGUCAAGGCAAAACAAAUACAAAAAAUGCAUGAAAGUGAUAACACCUUUGAAAGUGUGGUACAUGAUACUGCAGAAUAUUCUGAUACCUGUUCUGGAAACCUGAGAGACCAAAAAGAAGUCAGUGACACAUACCAAUCUGAGUUGCUUGUGGAAAGUAUUGAUGAUCCUGCUCCCAUGCAAGAAGUUUCAGAUCAUGAUGAUAAACAGGAUGAGCUUCCUACAAAAGAAACCAAUGUGGAGGUUUUAGACCAGAUAGAGGAAGAUGAUCAUGUAUAUGAUACUAAGAAACCACAGACUAGUGACAGAGAAAGAAUAGACACUGCACUAGAUCAGGCAUAUGACAGGGAAGGCCAAGCAGAGGAUGAUAUAAAAGCCACUGCUGAAGAAACAGGUCAUCAGGAGAAGUUAGGACUCCUCUCUGACAUGGAGGAGAGUGAAUCUUCUCUACAAACCCUGCAAUCAGAAACAAAUGCUCUUUCGGAUUCACAACCUCUAGACAAUCCACUGAAAACAGACGAGCAGAAUGACACUGACUUAGACCCCAUUAGGAACAGAAGAAAACUGGGAUCUAGUCGUAGAAAUAAAGGACGACAGCAGGUAAAGGUCUCUGGUGCUGAAUCAUACCACAAACCUACAGAGGAUGUUGUUAGAAAUACAAGAGAUAACAAACCCCUUGAAACAACAAAAAUGUCAUUAACCAUAGAGACAGCAGUCCAGGAAAUAUCAAUGGAAACCAUGUUGGAAGGAAAAGACACAUUCGAGACACCUCAGACUGAAGAAGUUAGUGAUAAAGUAAAUGAAAAUGCACAUGUUAGCACUUCUGAGUUAACUAGUAUUGGUUUAUAUUCAGGUCCUUCAGUAGAUCAACAGAUAACUGACCAGUCCAAUGUGAGGGAGAUGGCAGAUGAGGAACUUCCCAGUGUGUCUUCUGUAACAGAUACAGAAAGUAAAGAAAGAGACAAAGACACAGACUUGUUAGGUCAGGCCAACAAUUUGGUGAGUGAGUUGCAUUUAAAAUCAAAGGGUAUAGAGUCUUUGAUCACACAAGACAUAUCCACAGAACGAAGCAGCCACGGACAACAUACAGAGCCUGAAGGCAGUGUUGAACAAGCAACCAUUUCAUCACCAAAAGAGGAGUUGUCUACAAAUGAGGAACAAAAUGAGCAUUUCAGCUUAACUGAAGUCAGAGGAGCUCAGCACUCAGCGGAUGCUAUAAAGAAAGUGCAUGAAGAAGAGGAGGUUAGGCCAAGAGAAAUGCAAGAAAUCCAUAUUAUUGAUUGUUCUUCUGAGAGUGUGAUACAAGAUGCCACAGAUAUAUCUGAAAUCUGUUCUGGAAACCUGAAAGACCAAGCUGAAGGCAGUGAAACAUACCAAUCGGAGUUGCUUGUGGAAAGUAUUGAUGAUCCUGCUCCCAAGAAGGAAGUUUCAGAUCAUGAUGAUAAACAGGAUGAGUAUUCUACAGAAGAAACCAAUGUGGAGGUUUUAGACCAGAUAAAUAAAGAUGACCAUGUAUAUGAUACCAAGAAACCACAGACCAGUGACAGAGAAAGAAUAGACACUGCACUAGAUCAGGUAUAUGAGAAUGAAGGCCGAGCAGAGGAUGAUAUAAAAGCCACUGCUGAAGAAACAGGUCAUCAGGAGAAGAAAGGAAUCCUCUCUGCAAUGGAUGAGAGUGAAUAUUCUCUAAAAACCCUGCAAUCAGAAACAAAUGCUCCUUUGAACGCACAACCUCUGGACAAUCCACUGAAAACAGACGAGCAGAAUGACACUGACUUCAACCCUAUUAGGAACAGAAGAAAAAUGGGGUCUAGUCGUAGAAAUAAAGGACGACAGCAGGUAAAGGGCUCUGGUGCUGAAUCAUACCACAAACCUCAAGAGGAAGAUGUAGAAGAUAUUACAGGCAACAAAGCCCUCCAAAUAACAACAUCAGUAGCAUUCCACACAACAAGUCAGGAAGACAGAGAGCAUGAUAUUAUCAUGUCUGUUACACAUGAUGAUUCUUUGAAUACAGAGUCUACAUCCGACUAUUCUUCUGAGGUUCAGAACCCAGCUACAACAACCUAUCCAGAGGCUGACCUGGAAAGUUUAAUGACUAAAAAUGAAAAUCUUCAAGAAAUCCAUGACGAAAGUGAGACUGGCUUUAAAGUGGAGUUGUCUGAUAAAUCAUUGGAAGCCACACUGGAAGGACUGGACAGAGCUGACACUCUUCAGAGUGAAGAAGCCAAUGACACUCAUUCAGAAGAUACUGUAACUGAAGUGCAUGAAGAGGACGUCAAGGCAAAACAAAUACAAAAAAUGCAUGAAAGUGAUUACACCUUUGAAAGUGUGGUACAUGAUACUGCAGAAUAUUCUGAUACCGGUUCUGGAAACCUGAGAGACCAAGAUGAAGUCAGUGACACAUACCAAUCUGAGUUGCUUGUGGAAGGUAUUGAUGAUCCUGCUCCCAUGCAAGAAAUUUCAGAUCAUGAUGAUAAACAGGAUGAGCUUCCUACAAAAGAAACCAAUGUGGAGGUUUUAGACCAGAUAGAUGAAGAUGAUCAUGUAUAUGAUACUAAGAAACCACAGACUAGUGACAGAGAAAGAAUAGACACUGCACUAGAUCAGGCAUAUGACAGUGAAGGCCGAGCAGAGGAUGAUAUAAAAGCCACUGCUGAAGAAACAGGUCAUCAGGAGAAGGAAGGAAUCCUCUCUGCAAUGGAUGACAGUGAAUAUUCUCUAAAAACCCUGCAAUCAGAAACAAAUGCUCCUUUGAACGCACAACCUCUGGACAAUCCACUGAAAACAGACGAGCAGAAUGACACUGACUUCAACCCUAUUAGGAACAGAAGAAAAAUGGGGUCUAGUCGUAGAAAUAAAGGACGACAGCAGGUAAAGGGCUCUGGUGCUGAAUCAUACCACAAACCUCAAGAGGAAGAUGUAGAAGAUAUUACAGGCAACAAAGCCCUCCAAAUAACAACAUCAGUAGCAUUCCACACAACAAGUCAGGAAGACAGAGAGCAUGAUAUUAUCAUGUCUGUUACACAUGAUGAUUCUUUGAAUACAGAGUCUACAUCCGACUAUUCUUCUGAGGUUCAGAACCCAGCUACAACAACCUAUCCAGAGGCUGACCUGGAAAGUUUAAUGACUAAAAAUGAAAAUCUUCAAGAAAUCCAUGACGAAAGUGAGACUGGCUUUAAAGUGGAGUUGUCUGAUAAAUCAUUGGAAGCCACACUGGAAGGACUGGACAGAGCUGACACUCUUCAGAGUGAAGAAGCCAAUGACACUCAUUCAGAAGAUACUGUAACUGAAGUGCAUGAAGAGGACGUCAAGGCAAAACAAAUACAAAAAAUGCAUGAAAGUGAUUACACCUUUGAAAGUGUGGUACAUGAUACUGCAGAAUAUUCUGAUACCGGUUCUGGAAACCUGAGAGACCAAGAUGAAGUCAGUGACACAUACCAAUCUGAGUUGCUUGUGGAAAGUAUUGAUGAUCCUGCUCCCAUGCAAGAAGUUUCAGAUCAUGAUGAUAAACAGGAUGAGCUUCCUACAAAAGAAACCAAUGUGGAGGUUUUAGACCAGAUAGAUGAAGAUGAUCAUGUAUAUGAUACUAAGAAACCACAGACUAGUGACAGAGAAAGAAUAGACACUGCACUAGAUCAGGCAUAUGACAGUGAAGGCCGAGCAGAGGAUGAUAUAAAAGCCACUGCUGAAGAAACAGGUCAUCAGGAGAAGGAAGGAAUCCUCUCUGCAAUGGAUGACAGUGAAUAUUCUCUAAAAACCCUGCAAUCAGAAACAAAUGCUCCUUUGAACGCACAACCUCUGGACAAUCCACUGAAAACAGACGAGCAGAAUGACACUGACUUCAACCCUAUUAGGAACAGAAGAAAAAUGGGGUCUAGUCGUAGAAAUAAAGGACGACAGCAGGUAAAGGGCUCUGGUGCUGAAUCAUACCACAAACCUCAAGAGGAAGAUGUAGAAGAUAUUACAGGCAACAAAGCCCUCCAAAUAACAACAUCAGUAGCAUUCCACACAACAAGUCAGGAAGACAGAGAGCAUGAUAUUAUCAUGUCUGUUACACAUGAUGAUUCUUUGAAUACAGAGUCUACAUCCGACUAUUCUUCUGAGGUUCAGAACCCAGCUACAACAACCUAUCCAGAGGCUGACCUGGAAAGUUUAAUGACUAAAAAUGAAAAUCUUCAAGAAAUCCAUGACGAAAGUGAGACUGGCUUUAAAGUGGAGUUGUCUGAUAAAUCAUUGGAAGCCACACUGGAAGGACUGGACAGAGCUGACACUCUUCAGAGUGAAGAAGCCAAUGACACUCAUUCAGAAGAUACUGUAACUGAAGUGCAUGAAGAGGACGUCAAGGCAAAACAAAUACAAAAAAUGCAUGAAAGUGAUUACACCUUUGAAAGUGUGGUACAUGAUACUGCAGAAUAUUCUGAUACCGGUUCUGGAAACCUGAGAGACCAAGAUGAAGUCAGUGAGACAUACCAAUCUGAGUUGCUUGUGGAAAGUAUUGAUGAUCCUGCUCCCAUGCAAGAAGUUUCAGAUCAUGAUGAUAAACAGGAUGAGCUUCCUACAAAAGAAACCAAUGUGGAGGUUUUAGACCAGAUAGAUGAAGAUGAUCAUGUAUAUGAUACUAAGAAACCACAGACUAGUGACAGAGAAAGAAUAGACACUGCACUAGAUCAGGCAUAUGACAGUGAAGGCCGAGCAGAGGAUGAUAUAAAAGCCACUGCUGAAGAAACAGGUCAUCAGGAGAAGGAAGGAAUCCUCUCUGCAAUGGAUGACAGUGAAUAUUCUCUAAAAACCCUGCAAUCAGAAACAAAUGCUCCUUUGAACGCACAACCUCUGGACAAUCCACUGAAAACAGACGAGCAGAAUGACACUGACUUCAACCCUAUUAGGAACAGAAGAAAAAUGGGGUCUAGUCGUAGAAAUAAAGGACGACAGCAGGUAAAGGGCUCUGGUGCUGAAUCAUACCACAAACCUCAAGAGGAAGAUGCAGAAGAUAUUACAGGCAACAAAGCCCUCCAAAUAACAACAUCAGUAGCAUUCCACACAACAAGUCAGGAAGACAGAGAGCAUGAUAUUAUCAUGUCUGUUACACAUGAUGAUUCUUUGAAUACAGAGUCUACAUCCGACUAUUCUUCUGAGGUUCAGAACCCAGCUACAACAACCUAUCCAGAGGCUGACCUGGAAAGUUUAAUGACUAAAAAUGAAAAUCUUCAAGAAAUCCAUGACGAAAGUGAGACUGGCUUUAAAGUGGAGUUGUCUGAUAAAUCAUUGGAAGCCACACUGGAAGGACUGGACAGAGCUGACACUCUUCAGAGUGAAGAAGCCAAUGACACUCAUUCAGAAGAUACUGUAACUGAAGUGCAUGAAGAGGACGUCAAGGCAAAACAAAUACAAAAAAUGCAUGAAAGUGAUUACACCUUUGAAAGUGUGGUACAUGAUACUGCAGAAUAUUCUGAUACCGGUUCUGGAAACCUGAGAGACCAAGAUGAAGUCAGUGAGACAUACCAAUCUGAGUUGCUUGUGGAAAGUAUUGAUGAUCCUGCUCCCAUGCAAGAAGUUUCAGAUCAUGAUGAUAAACAGGAUGAGCUUCCUACAAAAGAAACCAAUGUGGAGGUUUUAGACCAGAUAGAUGAAGAUGAUCAUGUAUAUGAUACUAAGAAACCACAGACUAGUGACAGAGAAAGAAUAGACACUGCACUAGAUCAGGCAUAUGACAGUGAAGGCCGAGCAGAGGAUGAUAUAAAAGCCACUGCUGAAGAAACAGGUUAUCAGGAGAAGGAAGGAAUCCUCUCUGCAAUCGAUGAGAGUGAAUCUUCUCUAAAAACCCUGCAAUCAGAAACAAAUGCUCCUUUGAACGCACAACCUCUGGACAAUCCACUGAAAACAGACGAGCAGAAUGACACUGACUUCAACCCUAUUAGGAACAGAAGAAAAAUGGGGUCUAGUCGUAGAAAUAAAGGACGACAGCAGGUAAAGGUCUCUCGUGCUGAAUCAUACCACAAACCUACAGAGGAUGUUGUUAGAAUGACAAGAGAUAACAAACCCCUUGAAACAACAAAAAUGUCAUUAACCAUAGAGACAGCAGUCCAGGAAAUAUCAAUUGAAACCAUGCUGGAAGCAAAAGAGACAUCUCAGACUCUCAGUGUUGCGCAAGCAACCAUUUCAUCACCAAAAGAGGAGUUGUCUACAAAUGAGGAACAAAAUGAGCAUUUCAGUUUAUCUGAAGUCAGAGGAGCUCAGCAGUCAGAGGAUGCUGUGCAUGAAGAAGAGGAUGUUAAGCUAACAGAAAUGCAGAAAAUGCAUCAAUUUGAUUACUCCUCAAUUAAGGAAAGCAAACCUUCUUUAGAAUCUCUGCAAUCAGAAAUAUGGUCUCCUUUGGAAUCCCAACCUAUGGACAAUUCACAAAGCAUCAAAGAAGAAACUCACUCAGGCUUCAAAACCACACGGAACAGAAGAAAACUAGGGUCAAGCAGAAGAAAUAAAGGAAGACAGCAUGUACCAGAGUCUGUUACUGAACCAUACCCUGAAGAAGAAGUUGUAGAAAAUACCUGGAGAAAUGAAGCCUCUGAAACAGAAGAAAUACCAUCAGGAACAGGGACAAUAUGGCAGGAAGAAUUAAAAGAGCAUACCUACAGCAGUACAAUUGAGACAACAGACAUUGCUUUAAGGUCAGACAAAAAUGACUUUCUCAAAACCAUUGAGGAAGUCAGUGAGGAGGAAAAGAAACACAUUAAAGAGCCUGAGAAUUUAACUCCGCUUACAGGAUAUGAUGCUGUUAAAAUAGACUUGAUACAAUCUGAGGAAGCCUCAACAGAGAGAACAACAGAUGCACAAGGGCCUAUACAAGUUGAAGAGAGAGAAGAAUAUGAAGAUCCUGCAAACAAAGACUGUGCAGCCCAAGAAAUAGAUAUUCCAAAUGUAGUCACACAUGCAGAACUUUUGUCUGCUGCACAAAAUAAAACUGACACAUGGGAUCCAUUUGACAUUGGUCAUGAGGGAAACCGAAGUGCAAAUCCAGCUAUGGAUGUGUCUGAGGAAAGUGGAAUUUCUACAGCAGCAGACACAUGUAUCAGCCAGCAAGAUAUACAAGAAAAAGAUAAAAGUCCUGUAGAUAACAGUGAAAGUUUGCAAGGAAAAGUCAAACAGAAGAAAAGAAAGAUGGGCUCUACUCGCAGGACACAACUCAAUAGAAAACAAGAGGGAGAAACAGACAACAAAGAUGAAACAAUUGAAAGAAACUUGGACAUGGAAGUUGAUGUGAGAAAACUUGACAGGAUGGAGGUAGUGGAGGAGUUACCAUUGAUACCGACAACAGAGGAAAAGGAAAAUGCACAGCCAUCAUUGGGGACAGUGUAUAAAGAACAACAGGAAACUUAUGAAACUAGUUCUGUGCAUGACAAGAGGCACUUGCAACAAAGCUCUGACCUGCAGACUGUAGAGAGCAAUGUGAAACCAGGUACAGAGGAUUCAAUGGUUCUCCCUCCUGAGCAGUCUGCCUCUUACAAUGAGGAAGUUGUUAAUCCUGUUGCGAUUCUUCAUGGAGCGUAUGUAAGGGAUAGUGAGGGAAAUGUAGAUGUUAGUGUGGAGCCACCACAACAAGAUGAUUUCGCAAGCACUGAGAUGCAAACAGCUUCUGUGGUCGCUGGAAGAAACAGACGCUCAAUAGAUCAGUUGCUGUCUUCAAAUACUGAGGGUGCUAUGAACACUGAUUCUGAUAUCACACUGUAUUCUUCUGAGACUGCACAAAGUACACAGAAUGACCAAGCUUUGAAAUUAACAGAAGUACCAAGUGUGGCUGUGGAAGAUUUGGAAAAAGUAAAAUCUGUGGUCAGGGGAGAAGCUGAAGAAGAGCAUGAAAAUGCCCAGGCAAGUGCACAAGAGCCAAACUAUGUGAAUGAAGGAGCUCACAACACAAGUCCACAUUUCAGUUCAACCAACAGGAGAAGAAAAUUGGGCUCCACACGCAGGAAUCUUGGGUCACGAUACAAAGGAGAAGACUCACAUCAAAAACAAGAGGUGGAUAAUGAAGCAACUGCCAUAAAUGUUGGGGAUGUUUUGACUGAGGGUGUCUCAGGAAUCGAAGAAAAAGAGCUGCAAAUUCACAAUGAACACAUAGAAGGUGACUCGGCGCAAAGGAAAGAAAAAGUAGUUGAAACAGUGGAGUACAGGCACACUGGUGAAUCUCAGGUAAAACCUAUAGCCCACCAGGCAGUUGAAGAAAAUCCUGAUUCUCUCAGCCAACUGGAAGAAACGGAGCAUCAGCUAACUCCAGAUCACCUCCCCGCAACACCAUCCACUUCACCCAAACAUGAUGGAGGGAGAAGACGAAAAAUGGGAUCUCACCGGAAGUCACGUGGACAUCAACACUUUGAAGACCAAACUGAAAGAGAGGGCAGGAUAAUAGAUGCACAAAAAGUGAGAGAUGAAAGUGCCACGAAGACAGCUGAAGGUCACACAGAAGAAUCUUCGGGUCUGGACAUAAUAUCAGAGGCUGAUGAAUGUAACCAGAAAUCAUCAUCCAGCAUCAACAUCUCAAAGGCAACAGAGCACACAAGGCCAAAGAGUGAGAAGGCACCUAAAUGGGUGGAUCCAGUUCAAUAUCCCCAGGCUGAAAUUCGCCUUGGUCAAGACAGUCAAAAGUUGUCUUUUGCAGGAGCAGACAUCAGAUCAAAAAGCUACGAUGUGUUGAUGGUUGGAGACAGCAGUGUAGGCAAGACCUCCUUCAUGAAAAGAGCUCAAAGUGGGAAGUUUUCUUUAGAUUUACCUGCCUCUGUUGGCCUUGAUUCCUGCAUGUGGACUGUGGUAGUGGAUGGAAAGCCUGUGGUGCUCCAGUUAUGGGAUACAGCAGGUCAAGAAAGGUUUCACAGCAUCACAAGACAGGUUUUUCAUAAAGCCCAAGCAUUUCUCUUGAUGUAUGACAUCACUUCCUCUCAGAGCUUCACUGCAGUCAGCUACUGGGCAAACUGUAUUCAGGAAGGGGCUGCCGAAGACGUGACCAUUCUACUUCUGGGGAAUAAGAGUGAUCAUGCAGAACGGCAGGUUAAAACUCAGGAAGGAGAAAUUCUUGCUAAGGAGUACGACUUUCAAUUCAUGGAGUGUAGUGCUGCCACGGGUGAAAACGUGAUUCAGUCCUUGGAAACUGUUGCCAGGAUGUUGAGACAAAAAGUUGACACAACAGAGGAAGCUGUGGUGUUACACAAAGAGCCCCCACAGAAAAAAAGAUCAGGAUGUUGCUGAAAAGAUGUGUUGGUCUAAGAAAUCAGAGAAGUGGUGAAAUCCUGCACACGACGGACAUUCAGGACCCGCUCUUCAGAAAGUGUCUAUGUAUAUCACAAACCAUUCUUUUAAUCCAAUGUGUUGUAUUAAGAUACACAGAUAUAUAUAAGUUAAAUCUACUUUUUACAUUGAUCUUUGGCUUUAUUAUUAUUUCUAACAAAGUGUGCUAAAUUAUUGAUUUGAAGGACAAUAUAAGAUCAGGAAAAUCUUGCACUUGCAUAACACAUACUGUUGAAGGCACAUAGGCGACUCCAGGCUUUCUGAGAGGCUGGAUGUAUGCUUACUGUAUACAUUCAUGUAUAUAUAUAUACAUUAUAUAGCUGGUGCAGGCUUUUUCUAGUCAGUAACCAUGGAAACAAUUACAUGAAUAAUUGUUUUUUUUUAUCUUGCAAGAUGCUACUUUAUAUUGUUUUGCACUGUAUGUUUUAUCAUUUUAAAUACAUUUUCUUUCUUGCCAUACUAGUGCAAUUUCAAAUGAUCACAUGACGUCAAUAUUAAUAGAAGACUUUUUAAGAUGUAUUCAUUAAUUUCAAUAAGAAAUCAAACAUUUAGUACUUCAGCACUUUCUUGGAUUCUUGUUUGAAAGAAAGAGAAUCUUCUAUAUUGUACAGCUAUUGAAUAUUUGUUCUACAGUGUUUAUACUCUAUGGAAAAGAAGUGUUCAUUUUACUUUCAUGAAAUAAAUAAGUAGUAAAUAAUUUGUAUAUGUGAUAAAAUUUCAGUCUUUGCUUAAUUUUAACAGGCAAAUUAGCUAAGAGGUUACAGGGCGUGGCAGCAAUCAAUAUUAAAAUAUGCAACAUCCUGUGAACAAAUGUAAAUGUAUACAAAAAUGUCAAAAAUUGUAUUACGUUUACUGUGAUUUUGUGUUUACCAUCUGUUCUAAAUGAAUUGCGUUGUCAUUGCAGUUGCCACACAGCUGCCAGGUUGGCCUGAUAGUCAUGAAUAAAUUUCACGCCUCUAUAACUAAAGAUAGCAGUAGUAAAAUGAUUAACUCUUUGAAUAUAAAUGUCAAAUUUUUUUUUUUUUUCCUCCCUGUAAUUUGUGUCACUGAAUACCUUUAAUCAGAUUGUUCUAAUGUCAUGUCUCAUCGUUAAUAAACCUCAAGAACAAUGACUGGUGUGCUCUCCUACUUAAUUUGUGUCCUCAUGGAAGUUGUGCGUUUCCAGACUGACAAAGACAACAGUGUUCCCACUGGAACAACAAGUUCCUCAGUGGUAUGAAGAGCAUGACAACAAUGGCGCCACUGGAAUAACCUCAUAACAUCCCCAAAGGAGCUUUUGUUGGAAACAGAAACGCUGAGACAGCAUCUUCCAACGUCAUCAGACGACUGAGAUGAUUACACCAAAUCUGAUAUUAGUGAUUGGCACCGACCUCUCUGGUUAUGUUUAUAAACCAGGAGAGUAUUUCUCUUUCCUUCAGUUAUUCAGAUAAUUCUGUUUUAGGCUGGAACAUAUAAACAUUGUAAUUUUGUUAAAACAUUAAACAACAGAAAACAUGGUAAUUACUUAUUUCUGUAAUCUGUAAUUUCAGAAUACUUCCCAAAUAAUUUCCUACAACAUUUCCAAUGUGGUUUACUCCUCUUUCCAGUCACACCCAAAGAGGCCAAAAUUUCCUUUUGUGAUAUUUAUUUUUAACUUAGAUAUAUCCUACCCAAUAAAGACAUUUUCACUACAUCCUUGGUGCGAGUGUGCCUGAAGUAAGCCCAGAUUGUCGUCCCUUUGUCUACAAUUUCUGGAAAGAACAAUGUAGUUUGGUACCAACUGCAGGGAAAACAGACAGUGCUCAAUUAGUAAACUUCCAAAUUCUUCAUUCCCAUUCAUUGCUGCUGUAACCUGGAGACUUAAAUCAGCGGGAGAGCUUGCUGACAGCUGUGUGUAGAUUUUCUUUACUUUUUCAUGACAACGGAGACUCAGUCACAACAGGGAUCAGAUGGUUCUUAUUAUACAUGUGAAUGGGAUCAGUUCAGUUCAUCUAAACGUUACCGCUGUCCUGGAGAUGGCUGGUUUAAAACUAUAACAGACAAGUCAUUGAAAUAAAAGUAACUUUGAC